AUGGCAACAACAGCAGGUGACGAUGAUUACACAGAAUACUUGUAUAAGAUUUUGGUAGUAGGUGACAUUGGUACUGGUAAGACUUCGAUUAUUAAGCGAUUCGUACAUAAUAUCUUCUCUAUGCAUUAUAAAUCAACUAUUGGUGUAGAUUUUGCACUUAAAGUGAUUAAUUGGGAUCCAAAGACAGAGGUUAGAUUACAGCUUUGGGAUAUUGCUGGUCAAGAGAGAUUCGGUAGUAUGACCCGUGUUUAUUAUAAAGAGGCAGUUGGUGCCAUGAUCACAUUCGAUGUCACUCGUGCUUCCACUUUUGAAGCCGUUUCCAAGUGGAAGGCCGAUAUAGAUUCAAAGGUCACCAUUGGUCCAGAGGAGAAACCAAUUCCAGUAGUUUUAUUAGCUAACAAAUGUGAUCUUGGUAAAGAAGGAUUUAUAAAGACAGCAAAUGAAAUGGAUAAAUACUGUAAAGAUAAUGGUUUCAUUGGUUGGUUUGAAACUAGCGCCAAAGAGAAUUUGAAUAUUGAAAAGGCAGCUCGUUUCUUGGUUGAACAUAUCUUAAAGAUGGAUAUUAGAAGAAAUCAACCAAAAGGUAUCGUCCACCCAGGUGAAGAACCCGCUCCACCAGCAGCUUCUGAACAACCAAAAACCAAUAGUUUAUUGGAGAAUCUAAUCUCCUUAAGUAAUAAUAAUAAUAGUAAUACACUUAAUCUAAAUUUAUUGAAGAUAUUUAAAAAGAAUAUAGAUUAUAACAAUAUAUAA